CGCUUCGCCGCCCGCCCGGUCCCGUCUGGCCUCGGCGCCGAGGGAACGCUGUCCCGGCGGCCGCAACGUUAGCAGCCUGUCCCGGCGCCCCGGUGCCUGCGCUGCGUCCAGCCAUGACCCUGUGCCCCUCGCGCCUUCCGCUCCAUCUGCUGCUGCUGCUGUGGCUCAGAGGGGCGGUGUGCCGGGCAGACGCCGGCUUCGAAACCGAAAGUCCCGUGCGGACCCUCCAAGUGGAGACCCUGGUGCAGCCCCCCGAGCCAUGCGCGGAGCCCGCUGCUUUUGGAGACACGCUUCACAUACACUACACGGGCAGCUUGGUAGAUGGACGCAUAAUUGACACCUCUCUGACCAGAGACCCCCUGAUUAUAGAACUUGGCCAAAAGCAGGUGAUUCCAGGUCUGGAGCAAAGCCUUCUAGACAUGUGUGUGGGAGAGAAGCGGAGAGCAAUCAUCCCGUCUCACUUGGCUUAUGGGAAACGGGGCUUUCCACCAUCUAUCCCAGCGGAUGCAGUGGUGCAGUAUGACGUCGAGCUGAUUGCCCUGAUCCGAGCCAACUACUGGCACAAGCUGGUGAAGGGUGUCUUGCCGCUGGUAGGCAUGGCCAUGGUGCCAGCCCUCCUGGGCCUCAUUGGCUAUCACCUGUACAAAAAGGCCAACACACCCAAAGUCUCCAAAAAGAAGCUCAAGGAAGAGAAGCGAAAUAAGAGCAAAAAGAAAUAAAUAAUGUCAUUCAGAGAA